GCAAACCGUGGAGUCAAGACUAUGGCCGCUCAAGAAGCUCAAAUUCCUGCAGAGAAUGUCGAAGCUGCUCAAGCUAUCCUCGCUACAGAUCAUCCGCCUGCCGCUGCUGUUGAAAUCGACCAACCUCAGCCUCCUGUUGUAGCCGGGCAAGAUGCACCGCCGAGACCACAACUACCUACCGAAAAUGCUCAGUUACCUGAAGAUAUGUCUUUAGAGACCUUACGACAACGAAUUAAAAUAUUGGAGGACUCUCAAGGCACUACUGUUGAGGCUUUGUUACGGCAAAUUACUAAUUAUGGUAGUCGCCGAGUUGAAGAUUUUGACAAGUAUCAAGCCCUUCACCUUGCAGAAAACUUGGUUUCUGUUGCUAAGACCUCGGGUGACCUCAAAGCUGCCAGCUAUGAAAUCAUUGCGACCACUUUACGUGACAAGCUUUCGGUUGAGGUCGAACAUUUUAAAGCGUACUUUUUAGCCCUCCUCGCUGAUAAAGAAUUUUCACGGAUAAUCGACACCGUCUCCAAAAUCGAUAAGUCCUUCCAGCGUUCAUCCCCAUAUCAAAGAAGCUCACACGCUCGCAGAGGACGAUUUACGUCGGGAAAUCCUGCACCGCGUAUCGUAUGUUAUAAAUGUGGCACUCCUGGCCACAAGUCUCCACAAUGUUGGCGACGCCCUAGUAAUCGGCUUCCUCCUCGGCAAGAUCGUCCCCAACAGAACCCUCCAAUGCGGUGAAAACUGGAUAAGACGGAUAGCUCCUUGUGUCUUUGCUUUCUAGCAAGCGUAUUUCAAUAAAAAAUAAUUCAUUCCUCUGUUAUUUUGUUUAUAUUUAUUAUUUUACCUCUCAGUAACUUAACAA